CAUCAAAAAUCGUCGACGUCCAAAUCGUCGACUUGUAUCGUUUUUAUCGACUAUCGUUCAAUUCCGACUAGUUGCAUUAGUAUUAGUGACAACAAGUUUUUGAUAUAAUCCAAAACAAAACGAUCAUUCGCGCAUGAAACUGAAGCAUCGUUCUAGCUCAGUUUCAAUAGUAAUAAGCUAGGUAGUAAGUAUUAAAAAUACGCGAUUUCAAAUAAUAUUAUUUCUUACAAAUUAAUCUUGUCCGUGGUAGGAUAACAAUAAAUCCGAUUUUUCCACACUGCUGAUCGUGAUGCCAGCGGAGAGUUCGGAAGGUAAAUACUUCGAUGAAUCAAGAUUGUACCGCACGGGCUGGCAUUAGUCUCAUCGACGGACAAGAUUUCCGCUAGUGAUAAUAUGGUGCGGCACUGGAAACGGACCGAAAACUACUGUGUCCUUGUUCGAAUUCUAACGAUCAACCGGAGGCAGUCAAAUGGGGCUCCCGUUAUCAGCACAAACAAAGCGAACAUUCCCUGUUCGUGCAGGAUUUACAUCUUAGAGCAUAAAGGAAACCAGCAGCAACCCCGGCCAGACAUCGAUAAUCAAGAGAGACGCCCAGAGAGUGAACCCGCGCAUAAACUCCGGCACGACGAAUUCCAUGUUCAUCUGGGACACUUAUGGAGGGCAAAAUCUCGCCAUGCGAUCGGAUCUCAACGGGCAGUCGGUGGUUGCGUUGGAUUCUGAAUGGGAGCCGACCUUUGCCUGUGCAAAGAAGUUUCCUUCAUUCAGCUGGCCACGUGGGACGAUGUGUACAUGAUCGAUGUGCUGGUAAGCCAUCUGGAGCCGUCGGAUUGGGCUGCCUUAGUGCUUCAAAAAGUUGCCGAUUCAAUUGCAUCCGUUAUCCUUAACAUGAGAAAUCUGUUCAUCCAAAUUUCGCCAACCUGGUCCAGUUGUGUAGGCAAAAAGUUGAACAAGUCCAAUCUGUUCUCAAACUGGACCCAGCGACCACUGCGCAAUGAGCAGCUCCGCUAUGCUGUCCUGAACGGCUUCUGCCUGCUUGAGAUCUACAAGGCCAUAGAAAGUCAGCUGCCCCAUAUCCAAGAGCAUAACCAACGUGAUUCUAAACGUUUUGCUGAAUAAUAUCCGAUCGAACGAUGAUCGCUCCCCGAGGAGGGCCGGUAGACCUCAGGAUAACUCUUCUCGUUACCGACGCAACCAUCGUGAUAGGCACAACAAACGACACACCCUUGGUGGUGGGGACACCAAUAACCAAAAUUCUUCUCGGAACUACAAAUGUCAUCAUUCAUCCCACCAAAAUUGUUCCAAGGCAAAAGGUGUGGUUCUCGGGAGCAGCAGUCAUUCACUGGCGUCUGGCCCCAAUAUAAAAUCAGUACCUACUCUAAGUGCCAGUGAGAUCUACACAAAGUAACCCCAGUUGUACAGCUAGGUAUGUUCAUGAAAAUAACAGUGAAAGCCGAUUUCUACACAAAAUGGUUGAAUUUGAGGUGCUGUCACUUUGUUUGUUCUCAUGAGAUCGGUGGAGCUAAAAAUUGACUUCAAAUAUGAUGAAUUUUGUUAUAGCAAAAUUUUAAAUUUUUCAAAGCAUGUGAAAAAAAUAUGUGAAAUUAUUCAAAAUAAAAGGGGUUGUUUUAUAUUUAUUAGA